AUGUAUGGUUACAUGAAUGGUUUAUUCAAGAUCGUUGGAGUAGCAAGAAGGAAAGAGAGACUAGACGCACUUGCGAAAAAGAGCGCGAGUAGAAAAGGAUCUUUCCAUCCUAUCCAAGCAGACGUCUCCAAAGAAGAAGACGUUCUCAGAGUGUUCAAAUGGACCAAAGACAACCUGGGGCCCGUCAGCAUCCUCAUUAACAAUGCAGGCACAGUUAUAAAUGGCUAUCUCUCAGAAUCAAAAACUGAAGAUUGGAAUACAAUUCUUCAGCUGAAUGUUGUCGGAUUGUCGAUGGCUACAAGGGAGGCACUGAAGGUCAUGAAAGAGAAUAAAAUCAAGGGGCACAUCAUACACAUCAACAGUAUUGCUGGGCAUUACGUGAAGAAUUUGGAGGGCGGUUUUGCUAUGUAUAUCGCUAGCAAACAUGCUGUCACUGCUCUAACUGAAUCCCUGAGGAUGGAAUUGAGUGCUUCAGGACACAAAAUUAAAGUAACGAGUGUAAGCCCUGGUUUGGUAGAUACAGAAAUCAUCACAGAGGAUUUCAAAAAAACCGAAACGUAUAAGAAAGCUAUCGAGGAAGAGAGUAUCCUUCUUCCAGAAGAUAUUGCCGAUGGGGUAAUGUACGCAUUAUCCACUCCACCACGUGUCCAGAGCUUGAAGACUAAUCAAUUACCUUCAUUUUAUUACUCUUGUAAAAAUUUUGUAUACCGCAUAGUUUCGAAGAAGAAAAAAUUCUCUCAAAUAAUGCUACCAGAUAUUUCUAUAGUACAAGUUCAAUUGAAUUGUGAUACAAAACUCAAGUUGGCAAUGGAAACAAGAGCAGAAUUCGACGUGAAAAAUUGA